CAGUUUGUCAAAUUUUAUAGCCAUUUUGAGCUAAGCGAGAAUAGACGCUUUGAAUUGACGGCUGACGCUUACUCAUUGGUUUUCGCGGGGUUUACCGGCAGAAUAAAAUCUAAUUAAGGGAUUGUUAUAUUAAAUCAAAAGAAAUCCUUUUAACCCUAUUCCAAAAUGACGAUCGGAAAGAAUAAUAAAAUGCAACAGCAUAUCAAUUAUAGAGUUAGAGUAAUAUUACAAGAUUCUCGAACAUUUAUUGGAACUUUUAAAGCUUUCGAUAAACAUAUGAAUUUGAUAUUAGGAGAUUGUGAAGAAUUCAGAAAAAUUAAGUCCAAAAACUCAAAAGCGCCGGACCGCGAAGAAAAGCGAACUCUAGGAUUUGUACUUCUACGUGGAGAGAAUAUAGUAUCUAUAACCAUUGAAGGACCACCUCCUCCAGAAGAAGGUUUGCCCCGUGUACCAUUGCCGGGUGCUAUUGGUGGCCCAGGAGCUGGUAGAGCGGCUGGACGCGGAGCAGGAUUUGGAGGACCACCGCCUGGACUUCAAGGUCCAGCUAGAGGUGUUGGAGGACCAUCACAACAGCAUAUGGCUCCAGGAGGCCGUGGGCAAAUGUCAGCUCCUCCUCAGAUGCGAGGAGGCCCUAUGAUGGGAGGUCCCCCGCCUGGCAUGAUGGGUGCACCACCAGGAAUGGGACGAGGUGGACCAGGGCGUGGGCCACCUAUGCGUCGUUAUUGAAGUGGUUAUAUUUAAAUAAAUUAGGUUUACUUUAAAUUUGACUUUUAAAUGAUUGAACAUUUUUUUAAAUCUGUGAGUUAUGUGACUGUCUGUAAUGAGUGUUCUGUAUAAUAAUGUUGUACAAGGCAA